AAAAAAUGUAAUAUAGGAAAUUCCAAGACCACAGCCUCUUGUUCCUUAUAGAUAUGCGAUGCUUACCAAUGACAUACAGCUUGCAAUUUUAGCCUUUUCCUUGGUUCGUAACACUAUUAUUUCUAGUACGAAAAAGUAAUAUUCUUAUAAACAUGUCUCAGUAACGUUUCUUAUUUGUUAAAGUUAAUUACCUCGAGUGUGUAUACAUACAUACAGACAAACGUUUAUCUCUUUUAUCUCUUUUCUUGUGAUCAUAUACGUUGAUAUCAUCGACUAACCACGAGAUAUAUAUUGAUAAUAUUGUCUGUAGUCCUCGCGACAAUAUUUAUGUCUGAUGAGUUACGCUAAGAGCCCAAGAUGUAAGAACGCAAUGGUGUGUGGAAAUUUGGAUAGACCAUAUGAGUUAACAUCACAUACACCAACUAGAGUCAACGAUAGAUUGAUAAAGCAAACAAAUGUCUGAAUCGUACAUAUCAAACACAAACUCAAAUAUUAUAAAACGAUGAAAACUAAUGGCUCGAAAAAUAAUGAAAGUAAAUUACACGAAAACGACGGGGACCAGUUCAAUAAUAAUCUCAAACAAGGAGCAAAUGGGCUGCAACAAGGAAAGAAAGUGCUACGACGUCGAUUCUGACAUUGAAAGAUCCGGAAUCCGGCGAGGACAUAGCCGGUGGCAUGGGUCCCGGUCCUGGAGAAGGAGAAGAUUCCAUUGCUGGCAUCGGUGGCGAAGCCAUAUCGGGGACUGAUGCUGGGCUAGGGCCUGGGCUCAUAGGAGUAGUUGGUGGACUCAUUGGGCUUGAAGAUGGAGUCAUUGGCAUCAUAGGUGGUGUAGCCAUGGACAUUGGUGGUGGAGCCAUAGGCAUAGGCGGUGGAGUCAUUGUCAUAGGUGGUGGAGCCAUGGGCAUAGGUGGUGGAGUCAUAGGCAUAGGUGGUGGAGUCAUGGGCAUAGGUGGUGGAGUCAUCAUAGGCAUAGGUGGUGGAGUCAUCAUAGGCAUGGGAGAGCCGCCGCUAGGCAUUGGUGGCAUGGACAUUGAGCCAGAAGGAGCCAUCAUGGGAGAUUGAGCUAAAGAGAAGGGGAUUAAAACCAUAGUCAAUGUGAGCAAAAGGAGAGCUUGUGAAGAAGCCAUCAUGGGAUAUUGAGCUAAAGAGAAAAGGGUUGUGUGUUGAAUAGUGGUUUAUGUAAAGUGAUAUAUAGAGAGAUGUGAGAAUUGUCAAAGAGUGAGCGAGAAAA